UGAGUGUUUGUCAGACCUACAGUAGCCUGUGUGAGGAGAUGAGCCUGUACCUACAGGCUGUGUGCGAGCGGCUCAGAGGCAGACGCGCUGCAGAACACGCCCUGGUAGAAAAGGUGCAGAGGCUCACAGGCUGAUCAUCAGAGGAGCCACUCAGCUUACCUGGAAACAAGGGGUCCAAUGCCGCAAGAUCUGACACCCGAAACAUACCAAAUGAAAUCAGGAGCAGUUUUACCAGAAACCUGCGUUCGUGCCGAGGAGCUAUCCGCGUCUGCAGCUCAAAACACCUGGAGAUCCUGCAAAACUUCAUAAAAUAAAUAAAUAAAUAACCUGGUUGUUGCUACUGAUCACAAACCCACCGGCUGAGCACCAUGAGCAGGAAAACACGUCGGUGGAUUUUCCAUUUUUUCCUCUGCCUUGGAAUUGUAUAUUUGAAAAUCGGGGGACUUUCUUCCGUCGUUGCAUUGGGAGCAAGUAUAAUCUGUAAUAAAAUCCCCGGUUUGGCCCCCAGACAGAGGACUAUCUGUCAGAGCCGACCGGACGCCAUCAUAGUGAUCGGAGAGGGGGCUCAGAUGGGGAUCAAUGAGUGUCAGUUUCAGUUCAAACACGGACGCUGGAACUGCUCGGCCCUGGGCGAGAGAACCGUGUUUGGAAAAGAACUGAAAGUGGGCAGUAAGGAGGCUGCGUUCACCUAUGCUAUCAUUGCUGCUGGGGUAGCCCAUGCAAUCACUGCAGCCUGCACCCAGGGUAACCUGAGCGGCUGUGGCUGUGACAAGGAGAAGCAGGGUUUCUACAAUCAGGAGGAGGGCUGGAAAUGGGGUGGCUGUUCUGCAGACAUCCGCUAUGGCUUGGGCUUCUCCAAGGUGUUUGUUGAUGCCCGCGAGAUCAAACAGAAUGCCAGGACUCUCAUGAAUUUACAUAACAACGAAGUUGGACGCAAGCUCCUGGAGAAGAACAUGCGUUUGGAGUGCAAGUGUCACGGGGUGUCGGGAUCCUGCACCACCAAGACCUGCUGGACGACGCUGCCCAAGUUCCGCCAGCUGGGUUACAUCCUGAAGGACAAGUACAACCACGCCGUGCACGUGGAGCCCGUUCGAGCCAGCCGAAACAAACGGCCCACCUUCCUCAAGAUCAAGAAACCCCACUCCUACCGCAAACCCAUGGACACAGACCUGGUCUACAUUGAGCGGUCACCAAACUACUGUGAAGCAGACCCUCUGACGGGCAGCAUGGGAACCCAGGGCCGCCUGUGCAACAAAACGGCUCAGCAGCCCAACAGCUGUGACCUGAUGUGCUGCGGUCGGGGAUACAACACGCACCAGUACUCACGCGUUUGGCAGUGCAACUGCAAGUUUCUAUGGUGCUGCUACGUCAAAUGCAACACCUGCAGCGAGAGGACAGAGGUGUACACCUGUAAAUAGAAGUAUUUAUUGGAUGAGUGUUCAUGCACACAGCUAGAUCUGGCUGGGUGCAUGUGUGCGUGCAUGUGUGUAUGUCAGUCUGUGUGUGUGUGUGAGUGUGUGUGUUUGCGUCGCUAAUGUAUUUCAAUUAAAAGUUUCUCUGUGAUACACAAAUGCACGGAAAAAUGGCCGAGCUGCUAGCCUGUGAGCUUUUCCUGGCAUGACACCAAUCACAGAGAGCCUUGCCUUGAAUAUAGGCAAGGACAAAUAGCCGGGACAGUUGGUUCCUCCAAUUUGUGUUGAUUAUAUUGAUGCCAAUGGACAUCUGCCACAACACUGGACUCUUCGCCAUUUCAUUCCCUAAGCUUGACUUUUCUGCUGGAGAUACCAGUGUGUGGGCAUGAAUCACCUCAACCAGUGAUAGAAAUGUUUGAAUUUUUUCACAUAGGAACUACACUAAUCAUAAUUUAUUAAAUGAGAAAACUACUGAUGUUCGUCAGAUUUCACUGUUGACUAAAUCUGGUAAGGUUUUCAGAUGGUAUAGAUGUAAAACAAACAAAAAACAAACAAACAAAAAAAAGUUCAAGUGCACUUAAAAAGCAUGAACCGUUUCAUUGUUGCUAUGUUUUUCUACAGACACUACUCAAACACUGGAGUUGUACGUACAUCAUGUAAUACGAGUCAGUGAGCCCGCUCCCCAGAGUCUCAAAUCAUGCAGCAGGUCAGAUUUUAACUUGACUGAAUUAAGUAUUUGGGACAAUGCUGCUUCUGUGCGUAAGCCUGGCAGAAGAGCGCUUAACUACUGAAAAGUGGGCUCGGUAUGAUAGUGUUGUCUUCUCUUUGUUUCUGUCCCACUUCCCCUCCACUUUGCUGCUAGCCGUCUGGAAAAUCAUGGAGUUUGUGACUGAGCAGCCAUAUUGCCUCUUCAAGCUAAGUUGACACCACUAGGAGCAAACAUGAGCGUCCAGACAUAAAUCGCCCUUAAUGUCGGUUGAUAGAUUAUAUUUUGUAAGAGAUUAUUUUUAUAUGAAUAUUUUUUUUUUUAAUUUAUUUUCUACUUCAUUCUGUGAGUCGAGGAAAUGAAAGCGGAAAUUGGAAUAACCUUUGUACUAUGUAGAAAAUGUGCCUUGUUUCCUUAAUCGGCAGAGCAGAAUACAGUAAUCUUGUACUGGAAUGUGUAGUAGUGUGGUUUAUAACCCGUUUCAUGAGGAAAAAAUCAAACUCUGAUAUGCUUUCUGCUCAACUAUCAAUAAUCCAGACCUGCAUAUUUUGAUGUCUUCUGUCAAGUUUAUCACUAACACCCAGAGUCAGUCAGACAGAGCUACCUUGAAAAGGACACCAGAGGUUCAUCAUGAUAUCACUUUAUGAAUUAUGUUGGAUUAUAGACAGACUAAACUGUAAUCUGCCUUCAUCAGAGGAGUGUGUACAACAUGACCAUGGUGGCAGAAACAUUUCUAUUCUGCAGCAAAAUCAAAAUUAUCUCGGUGUAUUGUGAGCUUAGAAUCCUAAGGUUCUAUCUAGACUCAAAUUAUGAGACAGUGAACAUGAAAUAUUUCACAUAUCACCUUGAAAAACUGUCAUAUAUGUCAUCUUUUAACAUAUAUAACAGCUAUUUAAUCUUUAAAAAAUGAGCAUAAUGUAACGCUCAAAGAUCAUGAACAUGUAGAUGAUUCUGAAUAAAAAGCAAAAAGGCAGAUAAAACAUGAUAAUUCCAAGCUCACAAUAUGUUUAUUUGAUUGUCGAUACAACAGUUUUAUUAAUCGAAGUGGGAAUAAACACUGUCUCAGCACUCCAAUGUUAUACUUUCCUGUAAGACACUAAAAUGAUGAAAUCAUAUCUUCCAACUGCUGUUAGUGCUCUCAGAUCAGAGGGACUAAGUCAUCGCUGACUUGUCAACAUG